AAUUCACGUAUAUUCCCGUAAUCUACUCCGGAACAACGAGCAGAGCGCUGCUUUUAAGAGAGUCUUUAUUUUUCCAUUAUUUUGACCAUGUACAAUGGUAUUGGACUACAGACGGCCCGAGGCUCGGGCACAAAUGGCUACGUACAGAGGAACAUGGCGUUCAUGCGUACGAGAAAGGACAAGGUCGAGUACAACAGCGAGGAGGACCUGGCGAGACUGGAAAGGACGCUACACAAAGCUCCAAACAAAGAGCUCAUGGAGCACAACUGGAAGAGAAAGAUAGAGCUACAGUGCCUUGAACUGAGAGAAACAAUGGAAGAAGAAAAAUGUGAUCCUGCAGAGAUAGAGAGAGAAGUCGAAGCGUUGCGUCAGAAGCUACUAGCCGACGGGUAUCAAGCGCUACCUGGUAUGAUGGACUCUCACCAUCUUGCCGUUGAAAUGGAAAAAAGGAACGAAAACAUUCGCCAGGCCUUUGGCAUAUCAAAGGACUACGUUGGGGGGAGUGCCUUCGAUUUCUUGGAACAACAAGCUAAAGUUGCCGAACGGAAAGCAAAGAGAGAGGAGGAGGAGGCAGAGAGGGAGAAAUUGAAAGCUGAGAGAGCAGCAGCUGAAGCUAAGUUGAGGGAAAAGGAAGCGAAAAAGAUGAGAAAGAAGAAGAAAGUGGAGAGCAGCUCAAGCAGUGAUGAUGACAGUGGCUCUAGUUCAGAAUCAGAUAGUGAAGACUCUGAUGAUGAAAGGAAGAAAAGGAAAAGAAAGAGAGAGAAACAGAAAGGUGAAAGCAAAGGGAAGGAGGCAAAGAAGCGUGCUGGUAAAAAAGAAUCUGGCAAUUCACCAAAAGAUAAGAAAAGAAGAAAGAAGAAGGAGGUAUCUGACGGCAGCCAUAGCAGCUCCUCUGAAGAUGAGGGAGAGAGAAGGAAUGGAAAGGAUCAUCAUAGAGAGACAGCCAGACAGAGAGGAGGCAGACACAAUUCUCCCGAACCUAACCAAAGAUUAAAUAAAAGGAAUCCUUCUCCUCAACGUCACCAUGAUCCUUCUCCUUCACCGCCACAAAGAAAUAAACCGCAAGAGUCGAGUUCGCCACCAAGAAGAAGACAAGUCUCACCUGGAGAGAGGAAAGGAAGGAGAGAGAGAAAGAGAUCGUCUUUGUCUCCGUUAAGAAAGCGACAAGAAUCCAGCUCACCUGAUGAGAGAAGAGAGAGAAGGAGGUCUUCUUCAUCACCGCCACAUUCUCCUGUUAGAAGACAACGUUCACCUGUACAGAGGAAAGGGAGGAGACAGCAAUCGCCUGAAGAGAGAAGAGGAAGAAGAGAGAGAAAGAGGUUGUCAUCACCUCCAGCAUCUCCAGUGAGAAGGAGACAGCAAUCGCCCGAAGAGAGAAGAGGAAGGAGAGAGAGAAAGAGGUCGUCAUCACCUCCACAAUCUCCGGUGAGGAGGAGACAGCAAUCACCUGAAGAGAGAAGAGGAAGGAGAGAGAGAAAGAGGUCAUCAUCACCUCCAGCAUCUCCGGUGAGGAGGAGACAGCAAUCACCUGAAGAAAGAAGAGGAAGGAGAGAGAGAAAGAGGUCGUCAUCACCUCCAGCAUCUCCAGUGAGGAGGAGACAGCAAUCACCUGAAGAAAGAAGAGGAAGAAGAGAGAGGAAGAGGUCGUCAUCACCUCCAGCAUCUCCAGUGAGAAGGAGACAGCAAUCGCCCGAAGAGAGAAGAGGAAGAAGAGAGAGAAAGAGGUCGUCAUCACCUCCAGCAUCUCCAGUGAGGAGGAGACAGCAAUCACCUGAAGAAAGAAGAAGAAGAAGAGAGAGAAAGAGGUCGUCAUCACCUCCACAAUCUCCAGCGAGGAGACGUGGUCACUCACCUUCUAGAGGGCGUGACAGGUCACCAAUAAGGAGAAUAAAGCAGCCCAGUUCACCUUCAAGGCGACAGAGGAAUAGAUCCCAUGAGAGAUACAGGAGGGACAGUCCUCCAAGAAGGAGGAAUAGAUCGCCUCCAUCACGAAAGAGAUCUCGUUCAUAUACUAGUGACUCUGAUUCAAGUGUUGAAUAAUAAUAAUAAUAAACGAUGCUUCACCCCUCUUUCUGUUUUUUUUUCCAAAAAAACUAAAAUGUUGAAUUUUGACUGGACAGUA